AGUUCCCUUUAUUCCCCCGUCCGUUUUCCAGCUUCCGAUGGUCUUUCUAGUUCCAGUCUCUUUCUGAUCCUUUUUGUUCCAUGGAAAUCCGUUUAGACGGUCACAUAACAUUCAUGGCGUUUUCUAUUAUGUUUUUGGUUCUUGCACUGCUUUCUACUCGAAGAUUAGGGCUUGCAAGUCUCCAUUCGCCAUCAAAGUCUGACUUGGAAUCACUGCCAAUGGACACAGCCUUGCUACAACUGAGCUUGACUUCAAAUAUAAAGGGAAAAGUUGAUGUAUUUGGCAUCUCUAGUAACUGCCAUGGGUGUACCUUUCAACCUUUGGUCAAAAACUUGAAUCACUCUCUUAAUAUAACUGUGGAAACAAAUUUUCCAUUUACAAUUUUUGUCAAGAACUCCAAAGGAACACUUGUAUGCAAAAACCAAACCCAAUUUGGAGAACAUGGCUUCUAUAUUUACACCAUCCAUGGACCUGAUAGCUGUUCUCUAAUUGGAAAAAGAGAUCCAGACAAUGCCUAUUUACCUUUGUUGUUCGCAUUUCUGGUUACUUUUGGAGUUGCCUUAACUUGGCUGGUGCUUCUAUAUCUUCUAAGGAAAUACAAUCUCUUGGUCAGCUGGGAACUGUUUCAUGACACAGAAAGUCUUAUCAAUGCGGAUCUUGGAAGUCCUAAUUUCAAUGGCCCAGUGGAUGGUUCAGCACAUCAUAUUGAUCAUGAUGAAUUGCGUGAAAAGCCAAAGAAACAAAGGCUUAAAUCCUUGGACACUUUUCGUGGGAUUGCAUUGACAAUUAUGAUAUUUGUCAAUUCUGGUGGUGGUGGAUAUUAUUUUUUCAAGCAUGCCAGAUGGAAUGGACUAACAGUUGCAGACCUUGUCUUUCCAUGGUUUAUGUGGAUUAUGGGUGUUUCCAUGACUAUUUCAUUUCAGUCAAUGAGACGUCGCCAAGUUAGGCCCAUUACCAUCUUUACCAAGAUUAUUCGUCGCACACUCAUUCUGUUUGCACUGGGGCUUUUUGUCAGCAAUUAUGCAGACCUUGCUCACUACAGAAUACCGGGAGUCCUACAAAGAUUUGCCGCUUGCUACUUUAUCAUUGCUAUGCUCCAGUUGGUUAUUAACCCUAGAAUUGAUUCGAUUCUGCCAGUUGCGGCAUGGUGGAACCCCAUCAGGGAUGUCGUGGCACUGUGGGGUCAGUGGUUGGUGAUGGUGGGUCUGUUAGCAAUUUAUAUCAUCAUCACUUUUGCUCUCAAACUUGGUGGUUGUCCGAGAGGUUAUGUCGGACCUGGAGGUCUUGCUAAACUUGAUGCUUACAACUGCACCGGAGGGAAUGCUGGUUACAUUGACCGACACUUUUUUGGACCAAACCACAUAUACGGGCAUCCUACCUGCAUGGAAACAUAUAAGACAAAGGUUCCGUACGAUCCAGAGGGCGCCUUGGGUACCCUGACAUCUGCUUUCCUGGUGUUCCUGGGAGUUCAGGCUGGAUACACCUUGCAUACUUUUCCAUAUCACAUAUCUAGAACAAAACGGUGGAUAAUUUGGUCCUUAAUACUUGGCAGCAUCACCCUUGCACUCGCAGGCAAGAAUAACGACAGUUUCAUUCCGAUAAACAAGAACUUAUGGUCUGUUUCGUUUAUCUUUGUUACUGGUGGCAUGGCAUUUCUUCUGCUAACAUUUUGCUAUGUGACUGUUGAUGUCUUGAGAUGGUGGAAUGGUGCGCCCUUUUGUUACCCUGGAAUGAACUCUAUUCUAGUUUACGUGGGAAGUGAGAUUCUGGGAAGGUACUUUCCGUUUUCGUGGAAUGUCAGUGGUCAGGUGCAACACGCAGAACUACUUGCUAUGAACCUGGUUGGCACAGCCGUCUGGCUCAUCAUUUCAUACUACCUUUACUCCAUUAAGUUUUUUGUCAAAAUAUAACUGAUAAAACCGCGUAUAAGCUUUUAAAAGUAACGCAGUGGUUGGUUAAUCGAGUAUCUGAAGCCAUCCGUAAAUAAUUCACACUUAGAGAGGUAAUAAUGACAGAAAGCAUGAUAACACCAAGGAUUUUACGUCUGUGAUUGCUUACAAGCGCUAGUUAAAAAUGUUUCAAUACAGGUCAAAACGGGGAACGGUAACGGUAGUGAAACGUGCAGGAAAACCUGUAUCCUGUGUUAGUCCAGGAAAGCUCGACCUCAUACAUGCAGUUUGAGGCAAGUGCAGGAAAAGGUUCAGUUUGUUCUUAUACCCCAUUGGCUGAUUCGUUAGUAUGUCUCUUUUGGGUUGUGACCAGUGUAGGUUUCAGAACGCUUAGGCCAAGUCAUUAAUUUAGAAAAGUAUGCUUAGAAUUUUAGUGAUGAAAAUUGUGAGAGUGAAAAGUUGAACUUAUUUCUUACGUCGGCUUGGCCACCUCGAGCUCUUUUAAGAAUGGUUUGCUCCUUCUUUAAAAACUUCAUACCAGUCCUUUGUGUUAUUCAUCAACUAUCAAUCAGUAUCAAUGGAUGAUUUGUCCAGUUCUUCAAAGCGGGCUGAGGUCUAGUUUUGUUAUUUGAAAGGGUAAUUUUUCAAUAAUUUUUAAAAGUCAGAGUAUUGUAUAGAAUUUAAAAUAGAGCAAACUGUGUUUUGAGAUUAAAACAGUGUAAAGGUUUAUACGAUUAAAAAAAUAAGAGUGAUAUCCAUAAGC